CCACAAUAAAUAAUAUGAAAGAAUUUGAUUCUUUAUUAAAAACUUCAAACGAAGCAGUGACGCAAUUUAAACAAUUUUUAUUAAAAAUCGGAGGAAAUAAUCCGAGGGAUAAUAUACAUCGUAUUCUAAAAAAGAUUUUUACCAACGAGUGUGCUGUAAACUGCUCUUGGAAGGGUGUACGAAAAAAUUUCCGGCUGGACAAUUUACAUUUCAUAAAAAUGAUAAGACGACAUAUUACUUCGCACCAUAUGACGCUCACAGAGUCCGAAUUUGAUAACAUCGCGGCUGAAUGGAUCCGCUUCGCAAAACAGCGUAACAUAAGAGAAGAAAAAGAGAAGGAUAAGGAGAAUAAAACUUAAGGAGCCGUUGAAGGAGACCAAGUGGUGCGGUAGCGUCAAUCCAUGCUCGGAGAGUAAGCCGAUCAUCGACUAUCAUUGGUAGUCAACCAAUGGUGUUUAAUUCAUAAACAAUGUCUGAUAUUUUAAAGAGAAAUUCGAAUAGCUGACUCGCGUCGUAUCGCGUUUCCGCUUGUAUCACUGAAAUGCAUUUGAAACUCGAUUUUCACUCCGAGCGCACGGCGUUUCGAUCUUUUUUUGUUUUUGAAAUGAUUGAACAAUCGGCAUUGUUUGUUUGUUUGUUGUGCGGAAUAUUUCUACAAGGAGAUAGUGCCAGCACUCCUCGUUUGGACCAGUGGGUGCUGGGACUGUCCUCUGUCGAGGACAGAGUCCGCAUUGGUCGAUGUCCUUGAUCCAGCUUUGACCAGUGGGUGCUGGAACUGUUCCUUUUAGGAAUAGAGUCCGCACUAGCCUAUAAAUCUUCUAGAGGAACACGAAUACAUCUCCUUUUGAUGUCCACUAGACAAGCAUGCUCGUACAAUGAUUCAGAAGAGAUUAUUAAACUACAGGUAUAAGUCCGAUAAACGCGUUAUGAUAAAGUGAGGGAUAGUAUAAGUUAUAUAUUAUAAGUUAAUUAUAAGUAUCAAUAUUACUUGUCAUACAAUUCUGAAAUUUGAAUCACAUUGUCGGUGUUCAAAAUAUCUUAUGUUCAUUAAACCGCUAGUAAAAUUUUUUCUUUUUUUACGAACGCAAUUUGAUUUUCUUUUUACAAAGUUGUGAUUGAAAAUCAGAGAUUGUACAAUUGACUAGUUUUACGCGUUAUGAUAAAGUGAGGGAUAGUAUAAGUUAUAUAAGUUAAUUAUAAGUAUCAAUAUUAUUUGUCAUACAAUUCUGAAAUUUGAAUCACAUUGUCGGUAUUCAAAAUGUCUUAUGUUCAUUCAACCGCUAGUAAAAUUUUAUCUUUUUUUACGAACGCAAUUUGAUUUCCUUUUUUACAAAGUUGUGAUUGAAAAUCAGAGAUUGUACAAUUGACUAGUUUUACUUUUUAUAGAGAAUUGGCUGGUGGACUCCGCAACAAAAACAGAUUCAUGUCUGAUGCUUAUAAUAGCAUAUACAUAUGUGCAAUUACAGCCUAUAUUUAAUUAUACAACAACAAUAGAUCUGUUUAAAUUGAAGAAUGUGGAAGCCACCAGCCAAUAUGAAAUUUAGAUUUUAGAAUAUAUGCGAUAUAUACCAAAGAUUUUAUAUGUGAGGAAUCCUUGACUGGAUCAAUAUGUAUUGUGAUAAAAAGCUAUGAUUAACCAAAAAUGUUCAUUAACCAAAUAAGAAAAAUGUUAUAUAUUAAUAUAAUAUAUGUACAAAAAUAUAAUAUAUAUUUUCUACAUGUUUUGAGUGCAAAAUAUAUCUAAUAAAAUAUGA